AUGACUGGAGCGCGGCGUAAGGGGCGUGAUAAAUUACCGAAGAGGCGGCAGGUGGAGAGCAAUGGGGGUACAUUGAGCGUGGUCAUCAGCAACAGCUUCCCGAUGUGUGGCCUGCUCACCGGAACUUCGUACUUAACAGAUAUAGUAUGGUGGUCUGGCACGAUUGCGAUGGCUCUGGGUCAAAUAGGGAAUUUCUUGGCCUACACUGCAGUCCCAACUGUGCUAGUGACGCCCUUGGGAGCUCUUGGCGUUCCAUUUGGGUCCAUUUUAGCUUCUUACUUACUGAAAGAAAAACUGAACAUUCUUGGCAAGCUGGGAUGUUUGCUGAGCUGCGCUGGGUCUGUUGUUCUCAUCAUCCAUUCCCCAAAGUCCGAGAGUGUAACAACUCAGGCUGAGCUUGAAGAGAAGCUUACAAAUCCAGUUUUCGUGGGUUAUCUCUGCAUAGUGCUGCUAAUGCUUCUCCUGCUUAUCUUCUGGAUAGCUCCAGCUCAUGGACCUACUAAUAUCAUGGUUUACAUCAGUAUUUGCUCUCUGUUGGGCAGUUUCACUGUUCCCAGCACAAAAGGCAUUGGGCUGGCUGCUCAAGAUAUCUUUCACAAUAACCCCUCGAGUCAAAGGGCUCUGUACCUCUGUCUGGUACUUCUGGCAGUAUUAGGAUGUAGCAUUAUCAUUCAGUUCAGAUACAUCAAUAAGGCACUGGAAUGUUUCGACUCCUCUGUGUUUGGUGCCAUCUACUAUGUUGUGUUUACCACCCUAGUCCUGCUGGCUUCAGCCAUCCUUUUCAGGGAAUGGAGUAAUGUAGGAGUGGUAGAUUUCUUGGGAAUGGCUUGUGGAUUCACCACAGUAUCUAUUGGAAUUGUUCUUAUACAAGUCUUCAAGGAAUUUAACUUCAAUAUCGGGGAUUUAAAUAAACCUAACAUGAAGACAGAUUAAAAUAUUUUUUGAGGGGAAACUGGAUGGCUCAGGGAAGGAUGCAGAGCCUUUCAUUUCUAGGUCACUGAUUCAAAUGUGAUUCAGGUUGGUAGCUACCCUCUGACAAUUUGGUGGCCUACGUGAAAUGAAUCGGAGGCCUCCAUCCAGUUUCAAAGGAACAAGUUGUCCAUGUACCCCAGUCAACACAAUAAAUGACCUUAAUUGGAACCACUGAUUGAGUCAGCAUAGAGACCGAUGUAUUUCCUUACUGUAAAAGUUAAUCCAUCAGGAAAGAUCUGGGGAUAUUCUGACAGACCGGUGUGUGAAAGCUUGUAUUGUGGCUUCUGAGGUACCAUUUCUGUGGGCAGAGAACAUCAGUUUCUAAUGCACUCAAUCUGACACCUUUCAUGAGUGAGGUAUACCUUAAAAUACGGGGUGGGGGGAAAGGAGUGGAACAAUUUGUUAAUCUUGAUAUAGCAAUGUGUCCACCGUCAAGGCUGUGAAUUCUGAGACAAAUGUUGGUUGAACCGUGGACUGCAGAUUUGUCCUUUUUAGUGACUGUCUCGGCAACUUGGUCUGCCAUGCAGUGAAGACACUGGGGAGUUUUAAAUUGAAUGCUAUAUACAGAGCAGUGGACCCUUAAAAAUCUUUCACUAAUUACUUAUCAGCUGAUGGUAGUGUCCAGGUACGCAUUUUUCUUUGUAACUUAUGUGCAUUAAGACAUGCCGCAUUCAUCUGAGAGUUUUUAAUUGGGAGCAGACAGAAAGACUGUGAAGGAUGUGGAAAUGAUGCAGAGACUCAUUGCCUAUAUGGUGGCUUAUAUCUAAGCGGCUCAGAACUAUUUCAGUGCCUUUGUAAUCCAAAAAUACUGCAUAAAUGUGAAUGUGUUUGUUUCAGAUGACCUAUACCGGUUUAAUAAUUCAAUUUCACUGUCUAUAAUAUUGGACUGUAUUCAAAUUCUAAACACGUAAAGCAUCCAGAAGGAGCCACGCAUUUUUGGAAGAAUUUACAAACCUGAACCGAAACCCUUAGAUGCCUUGACAGCUUCUGAAAAACCCAUAGUCCUAAUGGGAAGGGGUAAUCUACGGGAGGACUGUUUAAAGCAGUCCAGCAUACCUUUAUUUUAGUGAAGUGACUAAAUACGGGAAACCAUUUUGUGAAGUAGCUAGUAAGCAGGGACCACAAAAAAAGAAGAUUGAGAGAGAAGAGCAUGCGAUUUCUCAUAGCUCAAGAAAAGAUGGUCUGAUCCUCUUGUAACGUGGGAAAAGGAGGUUAAAGACUGAAAAAGCAUAGGCAUUCAGAGAGCUGAGUUUCAGAUAACCAACAGGGAUAUACAUCCAGAUCCAGUAAUUUACAGACUUGUGUGAACAGUCCAGCCAUAAUAUUUUGACAAUGAAUACAGAUAGCUUAAGCUAUGAUUGGAAUGAUUCUGAACCGUUCAGUUUAAACCAUUUAGAGAACAUUGAUAUGUCAAAGAAAGAAAUAGUUAAUUUUCAUGUUCUAUUUAUAUUUGGUAGUUAAAACAUCACGAGUCAAAAACGCGUAAGGAAAGCUUGAAAAGUAAUGAAUGUUGGUUUCCAUUUAAGUACGCAAAUGGAAGCAUACAGUGGAACUCAACAUCUCUAGUUCAGAACGUCUCUUGAAACAAACAAAAAACCCCAGCGUGAUUACGAGACAGUAUUUGAAAAAGUUCAUGAUGCUUUAUCAAGAAAUCAUGAAUGUAGCUUUGUGGCUGGCUGACAGGAAUGUGGACCUUGAUUAACGGGGAGUAAUACUGUCCACUCUCGUGAUGUUUUUGUUGACCUGAACUAAUGUUACCUUAAAACUCAGCCUCCGUUUUCAUUUAAAAGGAAUGUUACAAGCCCUUUUGAUGGCAGCAGUAAUUGUGAACAGUGAAUCCUAAAAACUUAGUAUUCUGAAGGGACUGUUCUGAGGGAGUAAGGGCUCCACUCUGUUAUUUGGAAGCUUGUUUUAUAACUCCAAAUUGGGGGGGAAUGACUCUGAGUUGGCAGAAACGUACAUUGUUAUAGGCCAGCACAGAAACUGGGUAUCUUGGUGAAAUAAAAUAGCGCUAGCAGAGAAAAGGCCAUCUUCAUGGAUUUUCAAAUACUGCAUAUGGUUUCUAGAAAGUUUGAGAAUUGUAGAUGAGGGGAAUUGGACAAUGAAAGCUGGUUAAAACUAACCUCUGUCCAUUAUUGAGUGGAAGAUGGUAUCUUGGUUCUCAGCAGACAGUUACGUUUUUUCGUAUUAAUCCCCUUUUUUCUGAUUGAAACCGGAAUUGUACAUAGGUUAUGAGACCUGUAGUGACCUACUUUUUAAAACAAUAUGUUAGCUGUUUUCUGAAGCAGUCAAACCUUCUUUUCAAAAUUCAAAUUCAGGGUUCAUGAGUUGCAUGUUGCACUAGCCUUUAAUCUCUGAAGACUUCUGUGAAAAUCUUUAGGUCAGAAUGGAAAUGAUUGUGGUCUCAUCUUAGUCGUCCUUUGGCCAUAUUCAUUUUGUUUUAAAGUUCAUUCCUAUUUAUUUAGAAAGUGCCUAUCCUAGUAUGUUAGGUGCAUAUACAAAUUAUUAGUAAAUAUUAGAUCCAAAAUAACUUGACUGCCCUGUCUAAACCUUGCCAUUUUCUCCACCACACACACAAGUUUACUUGAUAAGCACUCGCUAUGCAGAGUAAGAAGAAAGUAGCAGCCAUGCUCUGUGGUCCUCUGACCAUCCUUACGGCUGAUAAAUGUCUGCAUAGGUUUCUUCUCUUCUCCCCAGCUGCUCCUCAUCUGUGAUGAACUUUCUAGAAAUGUCUAAUUACCCUUGUUGCUUAAAACAGAGAUGUCAAAAGCCAGCACGUGAGGUGAAAGAAAUUCUCGUGGCCUUGCGCAUCAUUUAUAUCUGCAGCCUUUUACAUCAUGAAUGCUAAAUAAUGGAAACCUUUAUUUUUGCUGCUUUGUUCAGUAUGCAGCAGUGUUCUUUUGAGUUCUGCUGUACCUGGAUCUGGUUCAGUUCUAACUUUAGAAAUGUAUUAGCAUUUUCUGUUGUCACUACUGGUAUGAUUCUUCUCCCCUCCAUCCCACGCCCUCCUCGUUCUAGGUGGCCUACCUUUUUUUAGUCCCGUUGCUUUUCUGAUUUAAAAGGAGGCACUGUUGCAGUUGAAUUUUAGCUGUUCCCUCUUUUUUUUUUCACCCCUUUGACAAGUAAGCACUUUGACUAAGACAGAUAACUGAGUUCCAUCAUCUCAGGGAGCGAGUGUGCAUAGUUGUCUCCUGAGCUUUGGUGUCCCUCACGGGUCUGCCCUCUUCACGUUCUCUUUGCAUUACAUCUGUCGAUAGCGACGAGCCAGAUGACUUCAGUUCUGAUUCCAAAGUAGAAGUGGGAGAGGCUACACAUACAAAAAGUGGACUCAUUACAGCGGUGGAAUGCAUUUGAAUUAAAUUCAAAUCCAUACGAAAGGCUUUUCACUCCGUAUGUCUGGCUUCUAUUAUACUUGUCAAACAUUACUUACUUGAUACUCACUUGAAGAUAGGUCUUUGAUCAUUAUCCCUUCAGUGUAUGGAGGAUUUACAUGUGUCAGUCACAAUCUUUAUUAGGUGUCAAACACAAAAAUCCCUCAAAUGUUCAGUAGGAGAGUAGAAACCUUUUUGAUACAACCAAAAAAAAAUUUGUUACACCUUAAAUACUUAUGUAAAAAAGAAAAGUAUCUAAACAAGUUAUCUGCUGUAUUGACUUUCCAGGACUCCGUAUGUGUAAAUAGAGCCUAUUUAUUAGUGAGCUGUGGCUAACAUUAAUAAGAACCUGUCAUAUCACAGUUUGACAAGUGAGGCUUCCUAUUAAUAAUCUCGGUUUAUAUUGAACAUACGUAUUUUUCUGAAGUAACUAGCACUGAAAAAUGAAAACACUGGAUUUUAUUUGCUGAAAUACUAGAAUCUGAGGUUUAGCUUUCCUUUUUAUUUAAAAAAUAGGGGGGUUGUAUUUUAAGAAAGAUUUGGGGUUAUUAAAUAUGGGGUGCUUAAAACAGGCCAUUGUUUGCACGUUAUACCCCUCUCACCUUCUUGUUUCAUAGAUAUAAAGCAUCAAGGAUUCUACAUAUCUUCCUCGGUUGUCUUGAGAUGGUGUAACUGCUGAAAUUUUACUGUUAAAUCAAAUGUUAUCAAAUGUUUAUCUAUUACCUGUUGUCUUUACAGAGAUUAGCCUUUGUAAUAACUCUUUGGUGCUACUAAAUAUGGGCUUAAGUGAUGCAGAAGUUUAGUGUGUACCAUGUUAGGCACCAAUGAUGUCAGCAGUUAUUAUUACUAGCGCCCAAGUGUUUCAGACAGCAGUGUUGAAAUGUUAUGGAUUAAGAAAUCUUUUUUAAAAGCUGCAAAUAAGUGGGGUUUUUUAUUGUUUUUUGUUGUGGUGUGUCCCCCCCGCCCCCGACAGUUGCUCUACAGAGUGGAAAAUAUUACACAAAAGGGGUAUUUUCAAGUUAAAUCCUUUUUCAACUGUGGAACUUUCUCUUCUUUUUUUAUUUUUUUUUAUUUCCUGGAGUGUAAAAAAUAGUUCUAAUGGGAUAUGGGGAAAAGGUGGAUGGCAACAAAUACACAGCGUCAGGUUUGGUUGCUUCAAUGCUAUUGCAAUAUAGUUACUACAGAUUACAUAAAAAUGGUUUAUUUUAUUAGCUUCCAAAUAAUGUAUAUAUAGAUUUGUUAAUGGCUUAUAAGUCAAGCUUACUCUUUGCUUUUUAAGAAAUAGUUAUAGGCAUGUUGUAUUUGCCUUGUGUAAAUUAUAAAAGGCUAUUUAUUAAGUUUUCUGAUAACUAAUCUAUUUAUUAACCUGUAUUGUUUUAAAAUAAAUGAUUUAUUUCUAGCUCAA